CAGCACAGCUGAGAGGGAGCGUCAUGGCGGCGUAGAGCGGAUUACUCAAUGUUUACAUUCCGUUUACCGUCUCUUUUCUGACAUUACUCCGGUUUUACCGCGACGGGGCGCGUCUUCUGCGGGGAGCGCGUGAAGCGGACUUUCUUUCUUUCCCGGAGCAUCUUCUCGACGCAGACAGACCGGUCCAGGUCCGGAAGCAGACGCAGGAUCAGGUGGGUGGUGUGUUUGUCGUCUGUGGGGCUGAGAUCCUCUCUGUCCGCUCGUCCCGGGGUCAUGGUUGAAGAGGGCCGGCGGUGUUUGGAGGCCCGUGGGAGCCCCGUCCCCGAGGAUCAGCAGGUCCCGUUCCCGCUGCUGCAGGGCGAGUGUGUGGAGCACGUCUCCAGAGCAGAGGAGUCCCUCAUUGCCUUAACCAGCUACCGCCUUCACUUCAAACUACAGGAGAACAUCAUCAAUGUUCCUCUGCAGCUGAUUGAAAGCGUGGAGUGCCGGGAUCUGACUCAGCUGCAGCUCACCUGUAAAGACUGCAAGCUCAUCAGGUGUAACUUCCUGUCGGCGGAGCAGUGUCAGGAUUGGCUGAGGAGGAUCAGCUCAGUCGUUCGUCCGCCGGCGCGCCUCGAGGAGCUCUUCGCCUUCGCCUUCCUCUCGUGUAGCUUCAGCAUCUCUGCAGAGGACAGAGAGGUGCAUGAUGGGAUCUGCCGCGCAGGAGGAAACCAGCGGAGGUUCAGACGAGAAAUGGAGAGGAUGGGCUUCGACACACACAGUGCCUGGAGAAUCUCCACCAUCAACAGCAACUACAGGCUUUGUGCCAGUUACCCCGAGCAAAUAAUCGUGCCUGCCGCCGUCUCUGACCAGGAGCUGGAGAGCGUGGCAGCCUUCAGAUCGUGGAAGAGGCUCCCGGCCGUCGUUUACAGACACCAGAGUUCGGGCGCUGUGAUUGGUCGCUGCGGGCAGCCAGAGGUCAGCUGGUGGGGUUGGCGUAAUGCUGACGACGAGCACCUGGUCCAGGCCAUCGCCAAAGCCUGCGCCGAGGAUCGGGCUGAGAACACGGCGCAAGCUAACGGCUCCUGCGUUCCUCACCGCGUCCCCGGAGAGCUCGGAGACUCCGUGGCCAAUGGGAGCGUGGCAGAGGCGGAGCCAAAGGCCACGCCCUCUCCGAAGCUGCUGAUAAUGGACGCUCGCUCGUAUGCGUGCCGCCGAGCCAAUCGGGCCAAAGGAGGCGGCUGUGAGUGUCCAGAGUACUACCCCAGCUGUGAGGUCAUGUUCAUGGGGAUGGCCAACAUCCACUCCAUCCGGAAGAGCUUCCAGAGUCUGCGGACGCUCUGUGCUCAAGUGCCUGAUCCGGUCAACUGGCUGUCGGCGCUGGAGGGCACUAAAUGGCUGCAGCAUCUGUCUCUGCUGCUGAAGGCGUCUCUGCUGGUGGUGAACGCUCUGGACCGAGACCACAGGCCUGUGCUGGUGCACUGCUCCGACGGGUGGGACCGAACGCCUCAGAUAGUGGCUCUGUCCAAACUACUGCUGGACCCCUUCUACAGGACCAUCCAGGGUUUUCAGGUGCUGGUGGAGACCGAGUGGCUGGAUUACGGUCACAAGUUUGCUGACCGCUGCGGUCACGGGGAGAACUCGGAGGACCUGAACGAGCGCUGUCCGGUGUUCCUGCAGUGGCUGGACUGUGUUCAUCAGCUCCAGAGACAGUUCCCCUGCUCCUUCCAGUUCAACGAGGCCUUUCUGGUGAAGUUAGUUCAGCACUCGUACUCGUGUCUGUUCGGGACGUUUCUGUGUAACAGCGUGAAGGAGCGCGAGGAGCAGAGCGUUCAGGAGAAGACCUGCUCCGUCUGGUCUCUGCUGAGGCCCGUCAACACUUCCUUCCACAACAUCCUGUACUCGCCGCGCUCCGAGACGGUUUUGCACCCGGUGUGUCACGUGAGGAACCUGAUGCUGUGGAGUGCCGUCUACCUGCCUAACUCCGCCCCCUCCACGCCCUCCGAUGAGUCAUGUGUGCCAAGCUCCGCCCCCUCUGCCUCGCCCGACGACACACCUGUGAGCAGGUUACCAAAGACACGGUCGUGUGACGAUCUGCCCACGUCCUGUGAGGGUUUGACCCCAAACCGCCGCAGCAGUGACCCGCACCUGAACGAGAAGUGGCACGACCGUCUUCUCUCGCUGGAGAAGAGCACAGAGACCGACUUAAACCACUCGCAGACGCCGGAGCGAGACGCCCCGGAUCAGACUCCUCCCGUUUCUGAGCAACUAAACACAGAGCGCCCAGAAAACGGGGCGGAGCUUUCUGUGUCCGACAGCCAAACGCAAGACACCUCACAGGAAGAGAGCAGGAAGCCGGGUCUUCUGAAAAACACACCUGCCUUCGAUAUCCCAGAGGCGCCGGCUCUGAUUGAGAGCAACGGUGUGGACCAAACGCCCGAGGAACGCACACAAGCAUCCCAACAAACUGUCGAAAACCACGUGUUAACGCCAGACGGACUGCAUCGAGAGCAUUGCACUAUUACCCAUGAUUCUUCAGAAUCCAGCAGCCAAUCUUCCACGGAGAGUCCUUCCAGUCCGACGCGCACAACUCGGACUCUUAAUGGCGUCUGCUCACCUUCCCUUUCUCCGCCGGCCGAUCGGGACGCAGCGGGAGACGCUUCUCCGACGCCGGGCCACAAGCGCUCGCCGGGUGUUUCCGGGCGUUUAUCGGCGCUCGGGCACCUGGAGAAGGACGGCUUGGAUCUGCACAGCGACGCCGUCCAGGUGCGUCUGCGGCAGAUGGAGGCGGGGCAUCAGCUGCAGGUGGAGACCCUGAAGAAACAGGUGCAGGAGCUCUGGAGCCGUCUACACGUCAACGGGAAGCUGACGUCUCUUCCGGACGGGGAGAAUAACGUGGAGUCGGGCUGUUUGCAGCGCUGCAGGAACACAGAUCUCCUGCCCGAGUCCAGCUGGGAGCAGAUGGAGCAGAGCGAGGCGGAGUGGUUCUCGGGCGGCUGCAGGUGUGUGUGUGUGUGUGUGUGUGUGUGUGUGUGAAUCAGAAGGAUCUGAUGUAAACACGUUCGGAUCGUUCCCAUCUCAUAUUAGAGUAAAUAAUGAAGUGAUUGCUGAGAGAUGAAGAAAUAAAUGAGUUAUUAAGAGCCCGAUUAAGAAAAAGGAGACCUGUUUAAUAUGAAAUAAGUACAUGUUCGCGUGGGACAUAUGUAAUGUUAUUAAUCAACUUUCCAUGAGAGGUGGAGCUAUAAAUUGCCACAAAAAAAAUAUAUUUUGUAAAUAAAGGAGCAAGCCUUUCCCGGACCCUGCUA